CAUGUCCAGAUAACCUCACCUGAGACCACAUCCCAGUGAAGGAGAGGAAGAGGAAGAAAUGGCUGGUUCUCAGGUCCAUGUGUCCCAAGGGCUGUUGACAUUCAAGGAUGUGGCCAUAGAAUUCUCUCCAGAGGAGUGGAAAUGCCUGGACUCUGCACAGCAGAUUUUGUACAGGAAUGUGAUGAUGGAGAACCACAGAAACCUGGUUUCCCUGGGUCUUGCUGUCUCUAAGCCAGACUUGAUCGUGUGUCUGGAGCAAAGGAACAAGCCCUGGAAUGUGAUGAGACACAACAUGUUAGAGAAACCCACAGGACUUCAUGGACAAACGAGAUUCCAUACUGGAGGGAAAUUCUACAAAUGUGAAGAAGGUGACAGAGCACAUAAUUGGCACGCAAGUUUUAUUCAGCCUCAGGGAGUCCACACUGGAAAGAAAUCCUACAAAUGUGAAGAAUGUGGUAAAGUCUUGUGCUCUAAAAAAGGAUUUAUUGGACAUAUGACGAUCCAUACUGAAGAGAAACCCUACAAAUGUGAAGAAUGUGUCAAAGCCUUUUGCAGUAAGAGUGGACUUACUGAACAUAUGUCAGUCCAUACUGGAGAGAAACCCUACAAAUGUGAAGUAUGUCACAAAGCCUUUAGUAGAUACUCACGUCAUCUUCGACAUCAGAGAGUCCAUACUGGAGAGAAACCCUACAAAUGUGAAAAAUGUGACAAAAGCUUUAGGAGGUACUCAGAUCAUCUUCAUCAUCAGAGAGUCCAUACUGGAGUGAAACCCUACAAAUGUAAAGAAUGUGACAAAGCCUUUUUUGUUAAAAGAAGCUGUACUGAACAUAUGCGUAUCCAUACUGGAGAGAAACCCUACAAAUGUGAAAAAUGUGACAAAAGCUUUAGUAGGUACUCAUAUCAUUUUCGACAUCAGAGAGUCCAUAAUUUUCGACAUCAGAGAGUCCAUACUGGAAAGAACCCCUACAAAUGUGAAGAAUGUGACAAAGUGUUUAAUAGGCACUCAAGUUUUAUUCAGCAUCAGAGAGUCCACACUGGAAAGAAAUCCUACAAAUGUAAAGAAUGUGGCAAAGUCUUGCGCACUAAAAAAGGAUUUAUUGGACAUAUGACAAUCCAUACUAAAGAGAAACCCUACAAAUGUGAAAGAUGUGACAAAGCAUUUAAUUGGCGCUCAUGUUUUAUUCAGCAUCAGAGAGUUCACACUGGAAAGAAACCCUACAAAUGUGAAGAAUGUGUCAAAGCCUUUUGCAGUAAAAAAGAACUUAUUCAACAUAUGUUAAUCCAUACUGGAGAGAGACCCUAUAAAUGUGAAGAAUGUCACAAAGGCUUUAGAAGGUACUCAGCUUAUCGUCAACAUCAGAGAGUCCAUAGUGGAGAGAAGCCCUACAAAUGUAAAGAAUGUGGCAAAGGCUUUUUCACUAAAAGAGGUUGUACUGAACAUAUGCGUAUCCAUACUGGAGAGAAACCCUACAAAUGUGAAAAAUGUGACAAAAGUUUUAGUAGGUACUCAGAUCAUCUUCAACAUCAGAGAGUCCAUACUGGAGAGAAACCCUACAAGUGUAAAGAUUGUGGCAAAGGCUUUGUCACUAAAAAAAGCUGUUCUGAACAUGUGUUUAUCCAUACUGGAGAGAAACCCUACAAAUGUGAAGAAUGUCACAAAGGCUUUACUAGGUACUCAGCUCAUCUUAAACAUCAGAGAGUCCAUACUGGAGAGAAACCCUACAAAUGUGAAAAAUGUGACAAAACCUUUCAUUGGUACUCAAGUUUUAUUCGGCAUCAGAGAGUACACACUGGAAAUAACCCCGACAAAUGUGAAGAAUGUGGCAAAGCCUUUCUGUGCCGCACAAGUCUUACUCGACAUCAGAAAAUUCAUACUAGAGGGAAUCCCUGAAAACGUAAAGAAUGAGGCUGUGUUUGGUGGUUAGCCUGCAAUCCCAAUACUUUGGUACACCAAGAUGAAUGGAUUGCCUGAGCCUGUGGGUUCAAGACCA